AUGGCAAUUAAGUUGUUUCUUCUGUUGAUAUUACUCUCUCAUGUAGCAUCUUCUCUCGCAGAAGGGUGCCACCCACAAGACAAAAAAGCCCUACUCCAAAUCAAGAAAGAACUCAACAACCCAACUCUUCUCUCUUCAUGGAAGCCACACACAGAUUGCUGCAACUCGAGUUGGUACGGUGUUAAUUGUUUACCCUCUAAACGUGUUUACUUUCUAGUUAUCGAAAUCGAUAAUGACCUUAGGUCUUCAUUUCCACCCUCUAUCGGUAACUUACCUUACUUGGACAGCCUGCUUCUAUAUCAGUUACCGAACCUGACUGGCGCAAUCCCUCAAUCCAUAACCAAACUCACCAAACUCAGAUCCCUCACAAUCAGGGCAACUGGCAUAUCAGGUCCAAUACCAAACUUCAUUGCCAAAUUGAAAAGCCUAACUUACUUGGAUCUCUCGGAGAAUCACCUCUCCGGGACGCUCCCUCAUAACCUCUACAAGUUGCCUAAUCUUGAAGCAAUCAUUCUUCAAAACAAUAUAUUAACAGGUCCAAUUCCUCCUUCAUACGGUUACAUUAAAAACAUAUCAAGUUUAUUUCUCUCGCAUAACAAACUUUCUGGUAAACUCCCAAUGUCAUUGGCAAGGUUGAACUCGUUAGUUGUCGACUUGUCUUAUAACAGGUUUGAAGGUGAUGCCUCGAUGUUUUUUGGUUUCGCUAAACAGACCGAAACAAUAGACCUUUCAUGGAACAUGUUAUUGUUUGAUAUGGGAAGAGUAGAGUUGCCUAAGACCUUAAAACUUUUGGAUGUGAGUCACAAUCGGGUAUAUGGAAAACUUCCCGAUGGUGCGAAGAAUUUGCAGUGGUUGAAUGUGAGUUACAAUCGACUCUGCGGUGAAAUUCCAAAGGGCGGCAAUAUACAGACCUUUAGUACGAAUUUGUUCUCUCAUAACAAAUGUUUGUGUGGCUCUCCUCUUCCAAGCUGCUAG